GGAGGGAAGGAAGGGAGAUGCACCCCCAGCGCCUCCAUCCAGAGCGGCGAAGGCUCCGCGAUCGCCCCGUCCGUCCGUCCGCCCCUCCUGCGCUGCCGCUGCUGCCGCUGCUUGGCCGCGGCGUCUUUUUCCUGCCCGCCCGGGAGCGAAGCGCCACCCGCCCACUGGCUUCCUGGGGGAGGCGGCCGCGCCGUCCCAGCCGCCCCGACGGCUUCCUCCUCCUCCUCCUGGGCUCCGAUCCAUCAUCCCCUGCCCGCCCGGCCGGCCAGCUGAGAGCUGGGACUCCCAAGCGCUUUUGCAAGAGCCCCCCAUGGCCGGUGAGAACCUCUUGAACUGCACCAGGGCCUUCUCUCACCCGGAUUGGCUGGUCGACAUCGAUUCCCGCCUUCGGAGCCAGGAGGAAGAGCUGACCCUGGUGAAAUCGGCCUUAGCCGACGCCCUACGGAGACUCAACGCCUACGACCAGCAGAUCCCGUGGCUCAGACAGCACCUGUUGGACGCAGAUGCUAAAGAAGCCGCUGUACUUCCCAAUAGCAACGAUGCCCAAUGGAUCCUACCUCCGGCUGCCUCCAAAAAUUCCAGUUCAACCCUCGUCUCCAAAUUAGGAAGCCACGAAGAACGGGCAUUGGAAGCGGAGAAGAGGUCAAGGGUCAGCGUCGGGACACAAACAGAGGACUUUAGGGUGCCGGGGAGAGACAGGGGAACAACUCUUAGCAAUGGAGGUCUUCAACAGGCAGAGGAGACCACAGCUACGAGGGGAAAGUCCUCUCGGGACUCUUCAAACGUUGGCGAGAUGGACCUGGCUGAGGUUUUCGGCGGUGGUGGCCCCUUCAGAGUGGCCAAGAACUCCUUCGGUCCAUUAACCGAGACAGAAGACAUGACUUCCGAGCUAGAAACGGUCCAGGAGAAUUCUGAAGUCCACAGCUCCAACCAACUUCCAUCCAGCCCGUGCCUCCAGGAAGCUCAAGACGUUGGAGAACCUCCGCCAGAUGCCACCAAAGAGAAACCUACGAGCCCGGGGCAGUCACGGCUUGGGGGUCAGCCUCCAGGGCCGGGUUCCCCAUCUCCGGAGCCCCCCUUGGAAGGGAGCAACAGCAGCAGCACCCGAGCUUCCCCGAUCCCCAUCGUUCAGAACGUGAUGGCCACCAAAAAGGAGCUGCUGCGAAGGAACAGCUCCUCUGACAAACUGGCCAGGACCAAACAGCACCUACAGAAGAAAGCAGCUUCAACCGCAAAUCUUUUUAACCGGUCCAGCAGCCUUGAAAACCGAUCGAAGGAUCCCACCUUAAGCCCAGGACCGACAAGUUCUCGGCGUUUGAACUAUAACCUAGAAGGACUUUCCAUCAAGAUGUUUCUGCGUGGACGUCCCAUAACCAUGUACAUCCCUUCCGACUUCCAUAACUACGAGGAUCUGCGCAUGGAGCUGCCAACUCAGAAGCUGCAACUGGACUGGGUCUACGGUUACCGGGGACGUGAUUGCCGUUCCAACCUCUACGUCUUAACAUCCGGAGAGUUGGUGUACUUCAUUGCCUGCGUGGUGGUGCUUUACCACGUCCAGCGGCGCACCCAGCGCCACUAUCUUCGCCACACCGACUGCGUGCGCUGCCUUGCAGUACAUCCUGACGGAGUCCGUGUGGCCUCGGGGCAGAUGGCCGGCGUGGACAAAGACGGCAAGCCGCUGCAGCCCUUCGUUCACAUCUGGGACUCCGUCACACUUCUGACCCUGCAGCAAAUCGGUCUGGGCAGUUUCGAGAGAGGCGUCGGUUCCCUGGCCUUCUCUACAGCGGACGAGGGCGCCUACCUGUGUGUGAUUGAUGAAUCCAAUGAACACAUGUUCUCCGUGUGGGAUUGCGUCCGUGGCACCAAGCAAGCCGAAAUCAAGAGCACCAACGAAUCUGUCCUGAUGGUAGAGUUUAAUCCCCAAGACAGUAGCAACAUCAUCACCGCUGGAAAAUCUCACAUCUAUUUCUGGACCUGGGUGGGAAGCAGCUUAACCAAGAAACAGGGGAUCUUUGGGAAAUACAAGAAACCCAAGUUUAUCCAGUGCUUCGUGUUUGACACCAACGGGGAUGUCCUCACCGGAGAUUCCGAAGGCAACAUCCUGACCUGGGCCAGGGCAGCGGCCGACAUUCGCACCUUGGGCAAGGGGGCGAAAGAAACCUAUCAGAUCAGCAAGCAAACCCACGCUCACGAAGGGAGCAUCUUCUGCCUCUGUCUGUGCCGGGACGGCUCGGUCUUGAGCGGGGGCGGUAAGGAUCGGCGUUUGGUUCAGUGGAGCCCCCUCCUCACUGUCCUGCAGGAGGUGGAGAUACCGGAGCAAUUCGGCGCCGUGCGCACCAUCGCAAACGGCGAGAGCGGGGAGCUUUUGGUGGGGACCACACGCAACGCCCUGCUACGCGGCAGUUUGGCCGAGGGCUUCAAACCCAUCAUCCAGGGCCACACGGACGAACUCUGGGGUCUGGGGACUCACCCCUCCCGGGAUCUUUUCGUGACUUGUGGCUACGACAAACAACUCUGUCUGUGGGACGGCAGCGAACAUAUGAUGGCUUGGAGCCUCACCUUGGAGGAAACAGGACUCUGUGCUGAUUUCCACCCCAGUGGGAAAGUGGUGACUGUGGGACUCAGCACUGGACGGUGGCUGGUGCUGGACACGGAAACGCGACAGGUGUUGUCCAGCUACACGGAUGGAAACGAGCAGCUGUCUGUUGUACGUUAUUCCCCAGAUGGAGAGUUUUUGGCCAUCGGUUCCCAUGACAACUUCAUCUAUAUAUAUAGUGUGGAAGAGAAAGAGCAUAAAUAUACUCGAUUUGGCCGCUGCACGGGACACUCUAGUUUCAUCACGCAUCUGGAUUGGUCCAAGGAUGGGAAAUUCAUCAUGUCCAAUUCUGGAGAUUAUGAAAUCUUGUAUUGGGAGGUGGCCAAAGGUUGCAAGCUAGUACGGAAUCGGUUUGACAACAGGGACCGAGAGUGGGCCUCGUACACCUGCGUGCUGGGUUUCCAUGUUUUCGGGGUUUGGCCCGACGGCUCGGAUGGCACGGAUAUCAACUCCCUGUGCCGGUCUCACCACGAGCGGGUGGUGGCCGUCGCUGACGAUUUUUGCAAAGUGCAUCUCUUCCAAUACCCGUGUGCCAAGCCCAAGGCUCCUAGCCAUGUCUAUACCGGUCACGGCAGCCACGUCACGAAUGUUCGCUUCACCCAUGACGACGGCCAUCUCAUUUCCAUGGGGGGCAAGGACACGAGCAUCUUCCAAUGGCGGAUGCUGGGGGGCAGCCCUCCGGCCAGCCGCUCCCUCUCCUCUGUUUCCUCGUACGAAGCCGGGGCCAGCACCUGAAGCUGCCGAAAUCCUGACGUAAAAAUUUCCAGGAUGGUGACCGAAUCCUCGCGGAUGGGGAAAUGCUCGAAGUGAUCUCCAGCGUUGGUGAUCGGAGGAUCCCUUUUAUUUUUUAUUUUUUGGGGGAGGGACCGGUGUUCGGCUUCCUUUCCGCCUUCCGCUUCGCCGGAGAAUUUUCAUUUGCUAACCGCGUCGGCGUUUGCUUAUUAACCCAAGGUGACGGGACACGCAGCGAAGCGUGGUCGGAUGCGCCAGGCCGAACACAACCCGCCGCGCGCCAUAAAACGUGGUUGCGUGAAACGUGGUGCGUCGAAAAGGCAGCACCUGGUGAGGCUGGGAAGGAUGGAGAGGCUGCUGAGACCAGACAGACAGGCUAAAGUAAAAAAAAAGAGCCAAAAUUUGCCUCCAGGCUUUUGCUCUGUACAGGCCUCAAAAGUUCUGGAUUUUCAAAGCCUAAGAGAAAAAUGGGCAAACUGGAUCGCUUGCUUUAUCCCCGUUUCAGGUAGUCCUCGACUUAUGACCCGAUCUGGGGCGCGAAUGUCCGAUACUAAGCAAGGCGCUUUUUGCAACCUUUUUUUUAAACAAUUUUUUUUUUUUUUUUAAUGCCACGGGUGUUAUGGCGAAAUUGCUGCCGUCGUUCGGUAAGUCGCAUCGUCGUUUAAGAAGAUCUGGCUUCCCCCCCCAUCGUUGUUCAGCGAGGGGCGCCCGGUUUCAUGACCUUUUCGCCGCGGCGGUUAAAUAAAUCACCGAGGUCCUUAAGUGAAACAGGAGGACAUUAAACAAAUCCGGUGUCAGGCCUGGAAGCCAACUUUCUCGUUGGAUCUUCCCUGGACUUCUUCCUUGACUUUGCUGGUUGGGAAGCCAGCUGGGAAGAUCACCAACGACGAUCAAGCGAUCCCCGGGACGCUUUGACCGUCAGAAAGCUGCAUGCAGUUGGAUCACGUGACUCUGGGGAAUGACCCAACGGUCAUAAGUGCGAAAAACGGUCAUAAAUCAUUUUUUUCAGGAUCGUAACUCCGAACGGAUGCUAAACGAACAGAAUUGUUAUAAAUCAUGGAUUACCUUUAUAUAGCACUGCUUCCCAAAUCUGGUGAAUUAGCUAAAAUUGAGUAAAUGUGGGGUUUUUUUGGGGGGGGGGUUUGGUAGCAAGGCACAAACCCAUUAAUGGAUUUGCGGAAGGAACGAUGAAACUCAUGUCAAGCCAUCAGUGCAAAUUGUUAUUUGAAUAAAAGAAAAGGAUCAUUUGGGAUCCUUUUGGUUAGUAAAUUCAGGAUGAAUCUCCUGUGAGGAGGCCAUGGGCCCUUCACAGAAAUGGAAGAAAUAAAUAGAAUUUAAAUAUCCAAGUGCUUUACCUCCGUGAAGAAGCAUUUUUCCAUUCCGGCUUUCAUAAAUGUGCAAAAAAUGAAAAUGUUUGUUGAACUCCGAAAAUAGUUUGGGGUUUUAGAAAGAAAAAGGUUAGGAAGCAUUGUUGUUUUAUGUUUUAUGAAUUAAAAAAAAACACUCUGUUUCUGUUUUUCCUAUCAUUUUGGACCUGGCUGGGUCCGAUGUGUAAAUAGGCGCAUAAAAAGGAAGGUUUUGAUAUUUGAGAAAUAAACGUUUGCAUCUCAAAUCCUAAUAA